AUGUAUUCAACCAACUCCCGCAUCAUCUUUAAGCCCAAGAUGUUCGAGAACUUGUGCGCGCUCCCGGUGGAGCACGAUAUCUUUGUGCAGGCGAUCCACCCAGAGGAGCCUAUCAUAUCCGUCGGCUUGGCUAGCGGCCAUGUGCAGACCUACAGGCUGCCCUCCGGCGCAAGCGACGACGACGACAAUGACGAGACGAAAGCUUCCGAAAAGGGCUUUGGCACCAUAGACAAGCUCUGGGACACACGGCGACACAAGGGAAGCUGUCGGACACUCGGAUACAGCGUCGAUGGCACCUCCCUAUACUCGGCAGGCACAGAUGGCAUGAUCAAGGUCGCAGACUGCAUGACUGGUCAGGUCACUGCGAAGAUUUGUGUACCGCUAGAUCCUGCGAAUGGCGGCAUCGAUGCGCCCACCCUCGUCUACGGUCUCUCACCGCAAUCCCUCAUCCUCACCACCGACUCGGGCUCACUGCACAUCUACGACAUCAGGAACCUCAAGGGCGGCGAAAAGGUCUCACUAAAGCCCGAGAACACACACCGCCCCCACGACGACUACGUCUCCUCCCUCACACCUCUACCGCCCACCCAAGCGAGUACCAGCGGAUGGAGCAAGCAAUGGGUCACAACAGGAGGGAGCACACUGGCCGUCACUGAUCUACGGAGAGGUGUCAUGGUUCGCAGUGAGGACCAGGAAGAAGAGCUGCUCAGUUCCGUUAUUGUGAGUGGGCUGCCAAAGAAGGGCUCAAGCGUGGGCGAGAAGGUCAUCGUUGGCGCAGGCGACGGUGUCCUCACGCUUUGGGAGCGCGGCGUCUGGGAUGAUCAAGACGAGCGCAUCAUCGUCGACCGCUCCAAGGGAGGCGGCGAGAGCCUCGACUCCCUCACUGUCGUACCAGACGGCGUUGGACCCGGCGGAAGGCACAUCGCUGUAGGUCUGGGCAACGGAGACAUUCGCUUUGCCAAGCUCGGCCCGAAUAAGGUUGUCGCAGAGCUCAAGCACGACGAGCUGGCCAAGGAGAGUGUUAUUGGUUUGGGUUUCGACGUCACCGGCCGGAUGAUCAGCAGUGGUGGAAAGACCGUCAAGGUCUGGGGCGAGCAGACCUGGCAGGACGUGGAUGAAGACGACGAGGAAACGACCAACGGCAAGCGAGAUCACGAGAGCGAGGACAGCGACGAUAGCGAUAAGGACAUGGACGACAGCAGUGAGGACGAUGAGCCCAAGCAGAAGCGCAAGAGGAGAAAGAAGGGCAAGGGUGGACAGGCCAAGGGCCAUGGUAUCACGCAGUUCUUAGGGCUGGACUGA